GUAUCUUACUCUCGAACUCAUCGAGAUAAUAUCUGAAAGAGUUUAUUUGGUUUUUGUCAGGGUCGACAUUGUUAUUUUGUGCACUAGACUCUCGCCCUGGAAGAAAAAUAUUUUCGGGUUUGCGUGUGGGAAGAAGAUGGCUUCCUUGCAAGAACCAUGGCUAUUGGAGAAUGGCAACCUGAAAGGGUCCAGCAAGGAGAUUCGCCAUGGUAGGACUGCACACAACCUGUCGUCCUCGUCAUUGCGGAAGAAGUCGGACCUGACCCUGGUUUCCAAGAUUCGGUAUGGAAUGCUCAGGCAGUUCCUGACCAAUCUUCAGGAGGUCAUUCUAGGGACCAAACUCUCAGUUCUCUUCCCGGCUAUCCCUCUGGCGGUCGUUGCUGAGAGCUACGGGUUCGGAAGACCAUGGGUCUUUGCAUUAAGUUUACUUGGACUUACACCAUUGGCUGAACGUGUCAGCUUCCUCACCGAGCAAAUUGCUUAUUACACUGGUCCAACAGUGGGAGGGCUGUUGAAUGCAACCUGUGGCAAUGCUACUGAGCUGAUCAUAGCAAUUUUUGCACUAAGCCAAUAUAAAAUAGAUGUGGUCAAAUAUUCCCUGCUGGGUUCUGUCCUAUCAAACCUGCUUUUGGUUCUAGGGACCUCUCUCUUCUGCGGCGGUAUUGCCAACCUGAGAAAGGAACAAAAAUAUGAUAGAAGACAAGCCGAUGUGAACUCUCUCCUGCUGCUGCUUGCAUUAUUGUGCCACUCGCUGCCAUUGUUGUUUCGAAUGCUUGGGGCAUCCGAUGCUGUCAGUACAGCCGACUCAACACUGCAUUUGUCGAGAGCAAGCAGCAUUGUAAUGUUGAUUGCAUAUCUGUCAUACCUGAUCUUCCAACUAUUCACACACCGGCAACUGUUUGAAGCUCAAGAGGAAUCAGACGAUGACGAAAAUGGAAUAUCAGAAGAAGCACCAGUGAUUGGAUUUUGGAGUGGAUUUAUCUGGCUAUUUGGAAUGACUGGUGUCAUCUCAUUGCUGUCUGAGUAUGUUGUAGAAACAAUUGAGGAUGCCUCGAAUUCUUGGGGAAUUUCUGUUAGCUUCAUCAGCAUUAUUCUGCUACCCAUCGUCGGAAAUGCAGCAGAGCAUGCAGGAGCUAUCAUUUUUGCUUUUAAAAACAAGCUGGAUAUUUCUUUGGGUGUUGCAUUAGGAUCUGCAACUCAGAUUUCCAUGUUUGUGGUUCCACUCUGCGUAAUUGUCGCUUGGACCAUGGGCAUUAAGAUGGAUCUUAACUUCAAUCUCCUCGAAACUGGCUCUCUUGCUCUAUCAAUCAUUACCGUUGCCUUCGCUUUACAAGAUGGCACUUCUCACUACAUGAAAGGACUGGUUCUCCUACUGCUCUACAUCGUUAUCGGGGCUUGCUUUUUUGUAUUCAAAACACCUCUAAACCAAGUAAACUUCACAAACUCGGGAAUCAAAAGACCAACCGAGACAAUCUUCAGAGCUUGAUAAGCUUCCCCGUCUUGGGGUCCCUCCCCCUUAUCGAUGUGAUGAACGUAUGUUUGGAACUUCAACAGAUCUCAUGUAUUUGUCAUUCUUUCAGUAUGGUCUGGCCUGCCGGAAAGCUGACAGAUUCUCAGUUACUACUCCACCAUGCUUCAGAUUCGGUUACCAUUGAAGCUUGAUGAAGACAGGCUGCAGUACACAGCACAUGGUUCUGUGUACAGAUCUCUCAGUGUGUUUCUUUUACUUCCAGCUGAGGUUUGUUUCUGAUUAUGUUCGUAUAGUAGUAGUAGCAAAUGAGCUAGCUAAAAGGGUUGUUUCCCUCUUGUAAUUGCAGUUCAUCAAAAUAAAUGAAAUCGUUGUUGGUUUUGUUUGGCUA